GUUUCCACUGAAAUCGAUCGGAAAAACGGCGCGUUCAGACAAUCGUGAGCCUAUGUCUACAUGAUAUUCAUUCAUUCAUUUUCUUUUUUCUUCAUCAUGUCAACCUCGUCAUCUGUGUGCAACACUGACUCCACCACCUCCCCAUGCUCUUCACCCGACUCGACUCCCAUGUCGAGUCCUUCCAAGCCAAAGGUGAAAUCUGAUCGAGAAAUUGCCAAACUGAAGAAGGACAUUCACGUCUUUGCGAGAAAAAUUAAUGAAGAAUGCGAGCGCUUCAUCGAUAAUCAUAUAGAGGUUAACGGGGAGGAGGACGCCGUUAACCAGAGAAUUCCGACCUUCUUCAUCAAGAGCUACAACUUUUUGAAAAAAGAAGCAGAAUCUGUGAGCUACGAGGAUCGCUUUCUCGACUUCAUCCCACAAUGUAUUCGAAUGAAGGUGACCACCGAGCAAUACGGACCCCCAAACUGUUUCCCCGAAGCCGACGAGAAUGGAUAUCUCAAAGAUGAGCCGAAACGUUUGGCGGACGAACUCGUUCAGUUCUACGUUGACGUCAUCGAGUACGUUCGGUUUACGUUUGUCUGUACUGGAAAGAUUCCGAUCCUUCCACACUCGUACUACCUGACUCUCUUCGUUUAUCAGAAGCGUGUCGAGGAAAGCACACUGUUCAACAAAAGUCUAGUGAGGAUGAUUCCAGAAGUCUUGCAAUCAAUGCUCAAUGUCGGAACAUUCGGCAACCAAAAUAUUGGAAUAGACUAUGUUACAGACUGCACCAGAGAACACUACAAGUAUUUGCUUGAGUAAUCAUUUUGUUGAUAAUAACAAAACGAUUGUCACUAUGAGACCUUAAUUUUAAAUUUCGAUAAUAAAGUUUUGCUUUCAC